AUGGAAGUAGCCGUUUUUCUAUAUCACAUAUUGGGAGAACUUGAGGAGGAAGAUGAAAAAGAAAACAAGGAUGAGGAGGGAGAGAAAAGUGAGAAGAGUAAAGGCAAGAAGAUGAUGAAGAAGAAGAAGAAGAGGAAGAAGAAGAAGAAGAAGAAGAAGAAGAAGAAGAAGAAGAAGAAGAAGAAGAAGAUUGUGCAUUCUGUGCCACAUGCAGCAUCUAGUUCUGGUGUACCUAAAGAUAACAACACUAAAAAACCCAAGAAGAGGAGACAGAGGAUAUCGACGAUAUAUUUACCAUUAAUAUUAAAACCAACAAAAUCUCCAAUUCCCACGGCUUUCCUAACCAAUCGCCCUGCCUCAAUCCCUUCUCGGCUGUAA